AUGCCUUCGAGUCCUAAUACUUGUGUGCUCGAUGUGAACAUGUUAUCAACCGGCCUUGCGUCGGCUACAAGCGUCGCCAUCGCGCAGCAGGUACAAGAGCAGCAAGCUCAACUCCAAGCCCAAGUACAAGCGGAUGUAAAAGCGCAGACUUCCAUGGCUGUGGCUCUUACGACGCCCACAUCAAUUAGCAUCGCGACUCUCAAGCCCAAGACGCGUCGACGCCGCGCUGAUGGCAAUGGCAAUUUGACAGUCGAACAGAAGCGUCGCAUCUGUGAAAAACACCGUAAUACGCCCAAGAUUACGCAGAAGGACUUGUGUCGAUGGGCCAAGCUGGAGUUCAACCUCCAACGCGCGCCGACGCAGCCUACGAUGAGUAAUAUUCUCAAACACGAACACAUGUUCAAGGACAAUGUACUGGGUGUGCUUGGAUCCCAACGAAAGACUAUACGCCCGACGCGCCACGCGCACUUUGAUCAGGUAUUGGCCAAUUGGGUCAUGGAACGCCAGAACAAGGGCAAUAUCACUGGAGACAUGAUCAAGACAAAAGGUCGUGAGCUUGUCAAGCAGAUGGGACUCGAGGGAAAAUUGGGCUUUUCAAAUGGCUGGUUGGCCUCGUUUAAAGCUCGUCAUGGCCUUAUGAAGCGUGCCAAUAGUCUCCAGAAUGACAAGAUUAGUGCCACCAGCAACAGCACGACAAUGAACAAGGAUGGUGCGGCUUAUGGCGGUAUUCUAGACGCGAACAGUGGCAUGCUGCCUAAUGGACUGUCUGUGGACCCAAAUUAUAUGCUGCCGCCAGUGUCCAUGGACUUGACUAUCGAUCAGAUCCAAGAGAUGCUGCGCGACUAUGUGCCGAGUGACGUCUACACUGUGGAUGAGACGGGUUUAUUCUUUCGUGCAUCGCCCAAGAAACUCGUACAAGGUGACGAAGCCCAGUUGAUGCUGGCAGACGAGGCGAGACUGACUGUUCUGCUAGCGGUGAACGCGGACGCCUCGGAUCUCAUGGAACCGUACAUUAUUGGCAACGUCGUGCCCCCUAAGAACAUCAAGAUGGCCUCCAUCUCGCAGCUUGGCUACCACUAUGUCUGUAGCAGCAAGGCCCGCAUGACGGUGUUUAUCUUCCAGCAGUGGCUGCGGGAUUUUAACGCGCGCAUGGCUAGUGCUCACCGCAACGUGGUGCUGCUUAUGGAUAACGCGCCGUCUCAUGUACUGGGCUGCGUCGUACUUUCGAACGUGCGCGUGGUUAUGUUCGCGCCUCACUUGGGCAUGAAGGUGCAGCCGAUGCGCGGCGGGAUUCUGUCCGCUUUCAAGGGCAAGUACCGUCUUAAGCACCUCACUCUGGCCAUUGAUCACCUGGAGGACGGUCUGUCAAACGUCUACCAUGUGACACAGAUACAAGCCAUGAGCUGGAUUGUGGAUGCGUGGCAGCAGACCUCUAGGGAGAUAAUUGUGAAUGCCUGGAAGCCGCUGGGCAUUACAGCGCCUUUUACAUUCGACUCGAAUAUGGAUGGAUCGGAUGACAAGAAUGUGGAAGAAGAGCUCUGGGGCCUGCUCUACUGCCUGCAGCUUAGCGGUAUUGUUAACACUAAGGUGUUAGUGAACUCGCGCUGGGAGAACGACAUCCACAAGCGUCUCAACGAAGAUAUGAUCGAAGAUCCGAAGGAAAAUGACGAAGAGUUUCGCGUGCCAGAAACCGCUCCGGUUAAUCACUUAAGCGGUGGCACGGAUCACCUGUCCUCCGACGAAGACCAACAUCUGGGUCUGGGUGCUCAACCUAUUACUGCCAAGGAACAGUUGAAGGCGUUUCGUGACGUCAUUCGCCAUCUGGAGCGUACGGGCGUGGGCGAUCCUCGUGAUCCGCAGCUGAUGAACGUCAUUGAAUUUCUAAAGAAGAAGCAGCUGAGUCUGCGUUUCGACAACGCUAGCAAUUCAACACUCACGAUAUAA